UAACAAAACAUUUUCAUAUAUAUAUAUAUAUUUAAUUAAUGUUUUUAAUUUUAAACUUAAUUGCUGAUAAACUUAGUCACAACUAAUACUGACUUGACAGUAUGCAUUAAAAUAAUGGAUUAUACUCUACUCCGGUGGGGGAAAGAAUAUAGAUAUACACAUUUGAUAGUUAUCAAAGAAAAUACAUAAUUGGUACAAUCAUAGAAUUUUAAAUCUACGAUGUUUAAAACAAAAUGUUUUUCCUAAAUCUUUGUUGGUCAAAUCUCCUGACAAAUCUAUUCGUUCAAUCAAAGCGGCGAUCACAGCCACUAGAACUUUUAUCAGGGAACGUAUACACAUAGCCACUAUGAAUUUGGAGUCACUACGUUCAAGGGUAAAGAAUAUCGAUGAAAUUCUGUCUGUUAUCACACCGAAAGAAAUAAGAUCUAAUAUAAAUGAAUUUUUCAAACUCAGAGAACAGUUUUAUCAUCAAUCAUCAAAGCUACGAUAGAUUAGAAAGUUCGAAAAAAUGUUGAAACAUACGUCAAACAGCAAAGUUAAACAAACUAGAGAUAAAUCGAACACAGUAGAUAUUAACAAGGUGUUAGUUAAUUUAUCUGAUAGAAUUCUCAACUCCCAUGAAUUUUUUUUACUUAAAAAGGGUCUCAAUUUCAAUAUAAAUAGACCACAAUUAUCGUCUUUCAAUACUAUACCAGCAAUUGAAUAUACUUCCUAAUGAAACAGCGAAUGAAUUGAGGAAUAAAAUAAUGCCCGCGUUAUUAUGUCAAAAAUCACAAAAAUCUAAUAUGACUAAAAAUGAGUUACAUGCUUUAAAGCAACUAAGAAAUGAUAAGACAAUUAUCAUUACAAAAGCAGAUAAAGGUAACACUACAGUUAUCAUGAACAAAUUGGACUACGAGAGAAAAGCCAAGGAACAUCUACAAGAGGGACCGUAUGAACUAAUCAAAGAUGCAAAAAGCAGAACUACGCUCAAUAAACUUAACGCGGAAACAAGUAAAAUCUUACAUUCGUUAAAGGUCAAGCUCGGAACGCCAUUAUGGUUUAUGCUAAAUCCAAAAAGUUGUAACCCUUGUAGAUUCUAUGGACUCCCGAAGAUUCACAAGGAUAGUACUCCACUAAGACCAGUGAUCGAUUUCACAAAUUCACCGACUUACAACCUAGCGAAAUACUUAGCUAGGAUACUAAAACCGUAUGAAAAAUUGACUAAUCAUGGAAUUAAAAACUCUAUGGAAUUUAAAAACGUUAUUGAUACCAUCGACAUAGAAGAGGAUAAAGUAAUGGCAAGUUUUGAUGUUUCUUCCUUAUUUACUAACGUACCUAUCAACAGAGCGUUGGAUAUUAUUUAUGCUUGUUUAGAAUCUGAUUUGGAUUUAAAUUUACGUUGCCCGUUAGAUCCGUCUGAGUUUAUCAAAUGUUUGGAACUAUGUUUAAGGUCCACCCUAUUCAUAUUUCGAGGAGAUCUAUACAGACAAAAAGAAGGUAUAGCUAUGGGUUCACCAGUUUCUCCGAUUGUUGCGAAUUCAUUCAUGCAUUCACUCGAAACUAGUGCAAUCGCAAGAAGUGUUUGUCCACCAAAGGUCUGGCUACGGUAUGUAGAUGAAAUUUUUGUUAUCAUUAAACAGGACUAUUUGGAAGAAUUGUUUGCAAAUGUGAACAACAUUUCGGAACAAAUUAAUCUAACGAAGGAAAUAGAGUCUGUUGACCACAAACUGGCAUUUCUCGACUGUAUGGUUGAGCGAAGACUUAAUAAUAGGAAGUUGAAAAUAAAUGUUUUCAGAAAAUCAACACAUUCAGAAAGAUACUUAGAUUUUUAUUCGGCUCAUGCUUUAUGUACGAAAGUCACAGUUGUUAAAAAUUUAAUUAACAGAAGUCUUAAGCUUGUUACAGAUAAGGAAGACCAACAAUAUGAAUUGAAUAGGAUUUUAUCUACACUUAGGGAUAACAACUACCCAAAAGAGAAGAUUGUUAGAAAGGAAAGAAAAGCUAAACUACAAUGUGUACAGAAAGAUUGGAAGUCCACUGUAGUCAUACCAUACCGUAGUGAAACAUCGGAAGAAAUCAAACGGAUCUUAAACAAGCAUGAUAUAAGAGUGUAUUUUAGAACAUGUGACACUAUAAGAUCGUCAUUGGUGAAGGUUAAGGAUAGGUUACCAAAGGAAGAACAACAAAAUAUUGUCUAUGAGAUCAAUUGUCAAGAUUGUAAUGCGGCUUAUGUUGGAGAAACAUCCAGACAAUUGAAGGUAAGGUUGAAGGAACACAAACAAUGUUUAAAAAACGUUCCCAAAACUUCGGUUGACCUAAGGAAACUUGAGAAUAAGUCUGCAAUAGCGUUACAUGCGUUGGAAACGGGACACAUGAUUAAUUUUGAAGGGGCCAAAAUACUUCAGAAAGGUUUCAACACUCAUAAAGAAAGAUUGACAGCAGAAGCGCUGUAUAUAUGGGCGAAUAAGAACAGCCUAAACAGAAAGGAAGGUAUUCAGCUAGCUACCACUUGGCAAAUAUUCAUCUACAAGUAAUUUGACCUUUUCUUUUAUUCAACCUGUUUACUUCACAUGAAUCGUUACUAUGACAGAAAUCAAUUAGUUAUAAAUUCAUUCAGUAUUGUUUGUUUGAAUCUUCCCAUCGAUUUGUUAGGACUGCAACUG